UAAAAAGCCACUGCUGGUACGAAAUAUUUCAUCAAGACUUUGAAAAUGGCUGAGCCAAAAGGCCGACCAGUUGGAGGCACAGAGACCAGCUGGUGUCACGCCGUGCCUGGCGGCACCGGCAUCACGGUGCUAGCCCUUCAUGCCUCGAAACCCCCGGAUGUGCUCAAUCUCCAAACUGCCCUCCUUAAAGUCCAAAACUCCCACCCCAUCCUCAACUCAAGGCUCCAUACAAACCCCAAAACAAACACACUCUCCUUUGUCCCAUCCCCCACUCCCUAUGUCCAAAUCAAAUCGUUCAGCCUCUCUUCAACUUUGGAAAUCCUUGAAACCCUCUACAGCCCAAUUAGCAACCCCUCAGUCUCUGCUUUUCACCUGAUCCUUGAGCAUGAGCUGAACCAAAACCCUUGGCAGCUGAAGAACACUACAUGCACAACUGACCAAGACAUGUUCUUCGCAAGCAUCUAUGCUCUGCCAAGCGCCACGUGGGUCGUGGCGCUGAGGCUUCAUGUCUCAGCGUGUGACCGUACCACGUCAGUGUCUUUUCUGAGAGAGGUGGUGGGGUUGAUGGGUGGUGGAGACGAAGGGAGAGAGGUGAAUAUGGAAAUUGGGAACAAAGGGGAUGUCAAUUUGGGAAUUGAGGAUCUUAUUCCUUGUGGGAAGGGUAAGAAGGCUAUGUGGGUACGUGGAAUGGACAUGCUUAGUUACUCUGUUAAUUCCCUGAGGCUGACUAAUAUGAAAUUCACCGACACCAAAUCGGCUAGGGUUUCUCGGGUGGUGAGGCUGCAGAUGAAUGAAGAUGACACUCAGAGGGUUCUCAAUGGAUGCAAGACAAGAGGGAUUAAAUUAUGUGCAGCAUUGGUGGCUGCUGGUUUGAUGGCUGUGGAUGAUUAUCGUCUGGAAAAUCAGAAGAAGUACGGUGUAGUGACACUCACUGAUUGUCGAUCCAAUCUCCAUCCAGCUCUUUCACAUAAACAUUUUGGAUUUUACCACUCUGCCAUCCUCAACACCCAUGCUACUAAAGGAGGAGAAACUCUAUGGGAGCUGGCCAACAAAACCUACAGGGCCUUUGCAAGCUCUAAGAGCAACAACAAGCACUUCUCAGACAUGGCUGACCUCAACUUCCUGAUGUGCAAGGCCAUCGACAACCCUACCUUGACCUCGUCGUCUUCCUUAAGAACAUCGUUCAUGUCAGUGUUUGAGGACCCAGUGAUUGAUGAUUCAAACGACAAGCAGAGAGAGCUGGGGCUGGAGGAAUACAUGGGGUGUGCUUCAGUGCAUGGCAUUGGCCCUUCCAUUGCAAUCUUCGACACGAUCAGAGAUGGACGGCUGGAUUGUGUUUGUGUGUACCCAGCACCAUUGCACUCUAGAGAGCAAAUGCAGGGGUUGGUUGAUGACAUGAAGACAAUUCUUGUGGGUUGUGAUGGCAAUUAAUGUAGAAUGG